UAAAUUUUAAAAUGCACAUAUCCUUUCAUCUAGCACUUCCAUUUGCCCUGGGCAAAUCAUCCUGUGCCUGUUUCUUCAUGUGUAAAAUGCAGACAAUCCUACCUCGUAGGGUUGUUGUGAGAAUUGUUAGAUGAAACACAUUAAGAACUUUGUACAAAGUGCCUGGCACAUAGGAAGUACUCCAAAAAUGUCAGCAAUGUAAUAGCAGCUAAUGCACAUUGAGCUUUUAAACAUACGCUGCAUUUACUACACGGUGCUUGGUGCUUUUCAUGUAUUACCUCAUUUAAUGCUCCAGCCAUCCCUGUGAUUAUCACCAGUUAGCCUCAGGAUUCUGAGGCACAGAGAUGUGAAGUGGGUUGUCCAGCAGGAUUCAAGCAGGGUUGACUCCCAAGCUUCCCUUAAGGGAAGGUGCGUGGAGCACUGGAGUAACACAGAUGGGCAAGCCAUGUGUUGAGUUUUGAGGGAAGAUGUGGCUCUCAGUUAAGGCUCUGCCACUCUCAAGUUGGGUAGCCUUGGGGCAGGAUGUUCAGUUUUGUUUCACUUUUGACCUACUCUUAGUCCAUCUGCCAAUCUGUAAAACUGGGGUGUAACUAUUUCAAGUGUGGUUGAGAGGAUUAAACUAGGCAUUCAGGUCUUCCUAAUUCAUGCUUGCUGAUGUGAACAAAAGUACACAGGGUGGGAGCAAAAGGGGAAACGCAUUCUGAGAAGAGGGAACAGCACAUUCCAAAGCUACAGAUCUAAAAAGAGCCUGAGGAAUCCAGGAGUGGGAUGAGAUGCGGUGGCUGAUGGCCUUGAAGACCAGCUAAGAAACUUGGACAAUUUGAUAAUAAAAAUAAAACGAAGAGCCACCAUUUUCUGAGAGUCUGCUCUUAGUUAUUUCCAUCAAAACUACUCCAGCGAGGUAGAUUUAAUAAAUCCAACUGUACACAAAAGGGAACUGCCAGGAGCCACAGAAGAGGUGUAAGCUGGGAGGUGGCUUGAUCAGUUGUGAUUUUAGAACCGUUGGACCAACAGGAGGUGCUCCAAGAGAACUGCCUUGAAUCCCAUACAUUAAAAGUAUUAAUAACAUUUAUCAUUUUUGCAUUUAUUCCACAAUUUAUAUUCACCGUAGAACAUAUGAAAAAUACAAGAAAGUUUAAAGAAAUAUAAAAAAUUGUUAAUUCCACCCUCUAGAGAAUCCCAAGUGAUACUUUCCUUCCAGUCUUCUCCCCCCGCCCCCACCUUUAUGCAAAAAAUAUGUAGCGAUUAGAAUGGCUUUUAGAUAGAAGAUGUGGAGAGGUCAGUGUUAAAACGCCCUUGAUACUCCUUCUCUUCUUCCUUUUCUUAGGACCACACCAAGGGGAGAGCCGACUCCCUCCGCGUUUUCAGGGAUACUCCCCAGGACUCAUCGCCGCCACGCUCGCUCGCCUCAAGCCGGUCUCUAGGGGGCGCUGCUGCAAGACCUGGAGCGGAAGGAAGGCGAUGCUGAAACGCGGUUAAAUUUGGGCACCGCCGCCGCCCGUAGUCGGCGUCCUCAACAUGGCGGCUCCCCAGGAUGUCCACGUCCGUAUCUGUAACCAAGAGAUUGUCAAAUUUGACCUGGAGGUGAAGGCGCUUAUCCAGGAUAUUCGGGAUUGUUCAGGACCAUUAAGUGCACUUACUGAACUGAAUACUAAAGUGAAAGAGAAGUUUCAGCAACUGCGGCACAGAAUACAGGAGCUUGAGCAGUCAGCUAAAGAGCAAGACAAAGAGUCAGAGAAGCAGGUUCUGCUCCAGGAAGUGGAGAAUCACAAGAAGCAGAUGCUCAGCAAUCAGACCUCAUGGAGGAAGGCUAAUCUCACUUGCAAAAUUGCUAUCGACAAUCUAGAGAAAGCAGAACUUCUCCAGGGAGGAGACCUCUUAAGGCAAAGGAAAACCACCAAAGAGAGCCUGGCCCAGACGUCCAGUUCCAUUACGGAGAGCCUCAUGGGGAUCAGCAGGAUGAUGUCCCAGCAGGUUCAGCAGAGCGAGGAAGCCAUGCAGACGCUAGCCAAUUCUUCCCGGACUAUCCUGGAUGCAAAUGAAGAGUUUAAGUCCAUGUCAGGGACCAUCCAGUUGGGACGGAAGCUUAUCACAAAAUAUAAUCGCCGAGAGCUGACGGACAAACUUCUCAUUUUCCUUGCCCUGGCCCUUUUCCUCGCUACGGUCCUCUAUAUUAUAAAAAAGCGGCUCUUUCCAUUUUUGUAAGAUAGGGAAUUGCCAGCUUUUGCCCUUUAAAGUCCAGUGUCAAGAUCUGGCCAUGCUACCAAGCUCUGGUAAACCAGUCCAUGCCUCCACAGUCUGCUCCAGUUGUUCUACGGGUUGGAUGGAGACACAGAGUUCCCCAGGUUCCUGCAGGUGGCUGGCUUGCAAAGGGCGAGCAGAGCACGGUGUCAUUGAGACACCUACAGGGACACAGGGACUCCACGAGCCAUCGCAACAGUGCUUAUGGCUGUCACAUGGGGCAUUCAGAGGCCAGCCUUCAGGCUUUGAUCCUCCUUUCUCUCCUUCUCCUGCUGUGGCCUUAGUGCCAGAUCUGGUAGAAGGAAGAGAAAAGGGGGGGGGGGGAAGGAGGAUAAGGAAAACUCACGUCCAUUUCUUGAAUAAACUUGACUAUAUUUAAUAGAAUGAAA